CCCUGAAGAUGUCACUCUCAGCUCUUGGUUAUUCCACACGAAAAUUUCGCAAGUCCAUGCUUCAUGCCUUUGAUUCUUAUGGCACGUCCCCUGGCCAUUGCCUUUUUAUUCCCCUCUAAAUCCCAAGGGUCAGUCUAUUUCCCACCCCGAUCCAGUCCAUCUUCAAGGGAGAUUUGACGUUCAGCUACCACUUGACUAUCCGCUUUUCUCUCUCCAUGUCAAACGUCAUCAUCGCUGAACCGUAAAUCUAAGCUUCAAUCAUGGACCGCACGCCCGUUCCCGGAGAGGAGGGCCCGUUCCAAGGUCCCCUCCCUGCACCCGCUCUCACCCGCGGUCAGCACAGUCGAUCACGGUCCGGAUCACGGGUCAGCUUCCUCCGGAAAUCUGCCGACACCGAAGGCUCUAAUCGGGGCCUGUCGGCCUCGCCCUCGCAUUCUUUCUCCCAAUCUGAUCAUUUCGAAGACGCCCGAUCGGAGCCGUUCCCUUCCAUGCGGUCCUGCGGCUCUUUGGACGACGAUGACCUGGACUUGCUCCCGCCCUUGGAGACCUUCUUCCCUUUGCCCACUUUGCAGGAGCGGGCCUCGUUGUGCGGCUCGCUUGAGAACGAUUUACUGCCCUCGACCCCUUUGACGGAGGAGCAAUUGCGGAUGGUGGAUUCCGUGAUUGAGGAGGAUUUGGAGGGCGUGACCAUCAAUCGGAUCGAGGAAGACGAUGACGACGGCUUGGCCGAAGCCUAUUGGAGCGGCUAUGAUAUCCGGGGACGGAUGAUGAAUGCGGCAGAACAAGCGGAAGAUUUUGCCAUCUUGAUGUGGCACAAGUUGCAGAGUUGGAAAGUCGUCCACUUUACAGGGUUGCCACAAUGGCUGCAGGAUAAUGACUUCCUCCAUUUCGGCCACCGACCGCCCUUGCCCACGAGCGAAUGCUUCAAGUCCAUUGUCAGAAUCCACACCGAGACCGGCAACAUCUGGACUCAUCUCCUAGGGAUGAUCGCCUUUUGCGGCCUCUCCACGUAUUUUCUCAGCCGCCCUCUCACCGAGAUCCAGUUGAUGGAGAAGCUCGUGUUUCUGAUCUUCUUCGCGGGUGCCAUCGUUUGUCUGGGUCUGUCCUUCUUGUAUCACACGCUCUGUUGUCACAAAGAGAAGAGCGUUAAUCUUCUCUUUGCCAAGUUCGACUACUGCGGCAUUGCAUUCCUUACCAUGGGCUCGUUUGUCCCUUGGCUCUACUACAGUUUCUAUUGCUCCUGGAAGCCACAGGUGAUCUACCUCUCCAUCGUGGUGUUCCUCGGGGUCAUGGCCGUGAUUGUGUCCACUUUCGAUUCAUUUGCAGGGCCCAGAUUCAGACCACUUCGCGCAGGGGUUUUCAUCACAUUCGGUUUGAGCGGCAUCGCACCCGCCACGCAUUAUGGAGUGGUGAAUGGAUGGCAGAAGAGCUUGGAUGAGGCUGCCUUAGGCUGGCUGAUUCUCAUGGGGAUCUUGUAUAUCACAGGGGCGCUUCUCUACGCUUUGAGGAUCCCCGAACGAUUCUUCCCCGGAAAAGUGGACAUUUGGUUUCACAGUCAUCAGAUCUUUCACUGCUUUGUGAUUGCGGGCGCCUUUGUCCAUUACCACGGAUUGUCGUUGAUGUCCCUGUACCGGUUGAAAGCGGGAGAAUGUCCCUUGGAACCCAUUGACAAGGAGUGUCUCAUUUCCACCAUCUUGUCACAACCGCAAUCUCAUUUCGUGCCCGUUGUGGAAUGAAGGAAGUCCACCUCCCAGGCCAAUAUCAAACGUGCAAUCCUUUUCCAACGGAAGAUUUUGCAUUUUGAAUGCGUCAAAAAUUACCAAUUAACAAUGAUGAUGAAUGAACUGAUCCCUUGACCCCUUGGCAAUUCUCAUACAUACAUAUGCGAAAAGAAGCAUCCCUAUUUGUUGUUGCGUUUAAAUAAAUCUUGGAACAAAAUUCGGA